ACCGAGGAGGUGACUCCUCCCCUCCAGCAAUGCUUCAUGAUCCCCAAAAAGGAGAUAAACAUGGUUUCUGAUAUGGCCAAGUGGAAGCGUUCUCAGGCAUAUGCAGAUUACAUGGGCUUCAUCCUCACUCUGAAUGAAGGUGUCAAGGGCAAGAAGCUGACCUGCGAAUACAAGGUUUCAGAGCCCAUUGAAAAGCUGGUGGCUCUUCUGAACACUCUCGACAGAUGGAUCGAUGAAACCCCGCCAGUGGAUCAACCCUCUCGCUUUGGGAACAAAGCCUUCAGGACCUGGUAUGCCAAACUAGACCAGGAAGCAGAGAAGUUGGUGGCAACAGUAAUUCCCAAGCAUUUGGCUAGUGCUGCACCAGAAGUGGCUGUGUACCUGAAGGAAUCCGUGGGGAAUUCCACCCGCAUUGACUAUGGCACAGGUCACGAAGCUGCAUUUGCAGCCUUUCUCUGCUGCCUCUGCAAAAUCGGGGUGCUCAGAGUGGAUGACCAGAUGGCCAUUGUCUUUAAAGUAUUUAACAGGUACCUAGAAGUGAUGCGAAAACUUCAGAAGACCUACAGGAUGGAGCCUGCUGGCAGCCAGGGCGUGUGGGGCUUGGAUGACUUCCAGUUUCUACCUUUCAUAUGGGGCAGUUCCCAGCUGAUAGACCAUCCAAAUCUGGAGCCUCGACACUUUGUUGAUGAGAAGGUGGUAAACGAAAACCAUAAAGACUUCAUGUUCCUGGAGUGCAUCCUCUUCAUUACAGAGGUGAGGACUAGAAA